CCUCACAUCUGGACCCAUCGCGUCCACAUCGAGGUUUCCCCAGUGUUUUUUUUUUCUUUCCUCCAACCCCUUCUGUGCCUCUGUCUCCCGUUUUCCCAGUUUCUUUUUUGUUUCCUCCAACCUUCUUCGGUCUCGCUGCCCCUCGGAGUGUGUCUGCGUCGGGAUGUCUAUCGCUGGGAUGGCAGCUGAGUUCAUUCUCUCCGACUCCCUCAUUCGAGAGCCGGCCAACACCAGAGCGAGCAGUCUGCGCUUGGAGCUGGCUCGGGAUCGUCUCAUCAAAUUCAUCUCCGUGGGUCUCCCCCUCCUGCUCGUCUCAGCCGCCUUCGCCAAAGAAAUCUCCCUCCGAUCCCAAAUCAGCUGUUUUCCCCCCAGUAACUUCUCUACGAAGCAGGCUGCGUACGUAGAUGCUAUCUGUUGGGAAUCCUUACUCCAUCAGCACAUCCAACCCAGCGGGAACGUCGCACAGAGGUCUCUGUGGAUACACAAGGUGUUCCCGUACUCCCUGCUGGUGAUUGCUGUGACCAUGUACCUUCCCGCUCUGAUCUGGAAACUGUUUGCCAAACCGUCCUUGGCCUCCGACCUGAUUUUCAUCACUGACGAACUGGACAAAGCCUACAACCGCUCCAUCAAAGUGGCUCAACUCAUCGUGAAGAAGCACGAGAAUAGUCUCAGUGCCCGAAGCCUCAUUCAGGAGGAGCUGGACAGGGCCCGGAAGGAGGGAGUGUUAGAUUUCCCCCUGUUACACCGUUACCUGGCUUGUAAGAGCCGUUCCUAUCACCUCAUUAGCAUAUACCUCAUGAGGAACUUCCUGCUGUUGGUGUUCAUCGCCGCUGCCUGCCUUUACCUCAUCUACUGCCACUUCCCAGCCUUUUUCCAGGACCGAUUCAGCUGCUCCAUCAAGUCAGACCUCUUAGCCAAUGACCCCACAAUCCCGAAUGCCAUUCAGUGCAAACUCACCUCUAUGACCAUCUUCCAGUUGAUCAGCGUGGUCAACGGGACAGUGUACCUCUUGCUCGUCCCCAUGAUCAUUUACAGUCUCUUUCAGCUCUGCUAUUGGGAUCGCCGGUUCCUCUCUGUCUACGCCAUGCUUCCCGCCUUCGACCUGGUCAGGAGGAAGAUGACCAGAUGUGCUCUCAACGACCUCAACAUCAUCCUCCAUUUCCUGCAGGCAAACAUGGGGCAGCUGCAAUCCUUCAACCGCCUGAGCGUGCUGUGUGUGGUGAAGAACAUGAGCGCCCAACAGAAAGGCUACACUCUGGUGGACAUGAUGACCCUCCUCGUGGGCCUGGAAGACAAGACCCCCGGAGAUGGUGCCAAUACGCCUGUGACUGUGGACAACGGGACGGUAGGACCUCAUCGGCCGAGAGACACAGAUCCAAACCAAGAACCUGGCCAAGACCAGAGGACAGAAGGCGUGUGUGGAGGCUAUCCAAAGUCACAGGACUGCUCAAGCUGCUGAGAGUUGUGCAACUCCCUGUUUUAUAUUGGCUUUGAUG